AUGCCGCUUCAUCUGUUAUUCAAUUCGGUCGUUUUCACCAAUCUGCAAGCCAACGAGUACUUCGUCAAUCCGGUCACGGAGGAUUGGCUCGCAGGGGGCUCUUUUGAUACUUCCCGCUUCGUGGAGGUAUCUGAUGCGAAGACGGACGAGAUCGUUGCCAAUAUCAACGCCAAAGAAUUGAAUGUGACUUUUGUUGGAGAAACUUUCAUCAACACCAACAACGCUAAGGCUACUUACCAGAAGCUUGAUACUGCGGCCUGCUUCGAUAAAUUUAACAAUCAGUAUAUGUCCGACGCAGGAAACGUCUAUCUCGUUCACAGCGACCCCAUAGUUUGGCGAAACCAUACAGUCUGGUGGCCCUUGUUUCAUCUCAACAACAGCUUUACAUGGACCAGAGACUCAAAGCCUGAGUCUCCGAUCACGGAGAUAGACCGUAACACCACCUUGGAUGCCACGAUACCGUUUCUCAGUACACCGGAUUUUUACCUAUCUAAUGGGUGGCGCUGUCCUUCGCAUACGUUGAAAAUGUGUGACGUUGACAACGAGCAUGAGGUGCCUGGUGAUCGCUCGAAAUGGCAGCCGUUCGAGGCACCAAUCGCUUACUGUAUGGUCGAAGAAGUGCAAGAAAGCUGCAGACUGCAGUUCAGUUUGAUCAUUGCUGCUCUUGUUGUAGUAUCGAACUUCGUCAAAGCUGUAUGUAUGGCUCUGACGCUUCUGAUGUACCGGAGACAUCUGCCGCUCGUCACUGUAGGAGAUACUAUAGCUCAUUUCCUCGACUGCCCCGAUCCAGAGACAAAGGGUCGAUGUCUGUUCUCGAGACAUCUCAUGGAGGCCCAGUGGACAUGGGAGUUCACUCACGGCGCAAAGAAGGACGAGCUUGGUGUGCCUCCUGAGCGAUUUGAUCCCAAACGCCGAGCGUGGCAGACCGCUCCAAGUGGCUAUCGAUGGCUGGCUACCUACAUAUUAUUUGUUGCGGCGAUCAUAUUUGCCAUCGUAUGUAUGGCGCGUACGGUGUCGGCGAUGCCUAAAGAUGUUGCCAAAUUGUGGAAAAUCGGGUUUGGGACGAUUACGGGCAACAAUCUACUGAAUAUCAGCACUACUCUUGUGGGUGGCAUUUUACUUGCCAAUCUGCCACAGGCCGUGCUGUCAUACUUGUAUCUUGCCUUCAACGCUCUGUAUACGAAUAUGUUCGUUGCACAAGAAUGGAGUACCUACAUGGAGAACCGAAAGCCACUCCGUGUCACCUCGCCUAUCGGCCAGCAACGCGAUACAUACUGGCUCAAUGUCCCAUUUCGCUACGCGAUUCCCAUGACAGUGAUGUCAGGUCUGUUUCAUUGGCUCGCAUCUCAGAGUAUCUUCCUGGUCCAGAUCACGGUUCUGAAUGCGUACACCCGCGAAGCAUACAAGAAGAUCUCAACUUGUGGAUUUUCUCCCGUAGCGAUCAUCUUGUGCACCGUGCUCGGUACUAUUAUAGCGAUCGGGGGCUUCGCCCUUGGACGGUUCCGAUACGCGCCGGGCAUGCCUGUGGCAGGCAGUUGCUCAGCUGCGAUCAGCGCUGCGUGCCAUCCGCUGCCGGAGGACACUGAUGCUGCUGUGCUACCCGUACAAUGGGGCGCCGUCACACACGGGGAGAAGGGUGUUGAUGGCAAGCCACCUGUCGGUCAUUGUACAUUCUCAAGCUUUCCAGUUCACACCCCAAAACGAGGUCAAUUAUACGCUUGA